CAUAUGUGUAUAUUGAAACUGUACUGUUUAAUCAAAUACUAACUUUCGAUUUGUGUUAAUAUAGAAAAAAAUAUGGAAGAGAGAUUGAAUGAUAAUCUACGGCAGCAGUAGACUUAAUUUAAUCUGCCUAUUGUAGUACAUAAUGGUAUACAAAUAAUUGGUAUUGAUCGAAAAAUAAUGAACAAAAAUGUUAUUCGCUUAUAGAUGUUGCGAAAGUUGUCAUUCAGGUAGAAACAUUCAUUCGUAUAAGACAGAUGAUUCAGUAGAAAAUUUAUCUACGUUUGAUAUGAUGUAGAUGUAUAUAUAUUGUGUUAAAGUGUUUAAAAAAAAGUUAAAAUUUCUUCGUUCUAAUUCGCAUGUGAAUUAAUAAAAAAGAAAAAACAAUUGGAUGGCGCUUAAAACUAUAAUUACCUAUCCUAUAGAAGUUUGUCUUCGUUUGAUAGGUCUUUGGCCAAAUUCCUCAUAUAGAAUUUUGCAACGUAUCUUUUGGACAAUCGUAAUGGGUACUUGCGUAACAUUCCAGAUUUGGUAUUGUAUUACUUAUUUUAAAACAGUAGACUUACCUGAUCUAUUAGAUGGCUUAAGUGUGACUCUAUCAAAUACAAUUACGUUCAUUAAGUUGAUCAUUCUUUGGUUUAACUAUCGAAAACUUCGCAAUAUUCUACUAGUCGUGUUUGAAGAUUGGAAUAAUUGUGCUCUUACGGAUCAAAAUAAAGAAUUUAUGACGGAUAAUUUAGUUACAUGCUCUCGCAUUUCGAAGUUUUUGGUAGUCAUUUAUUCGAUGACUUGUAUCUUAUAUUCAGCAAGUACCAUGUUGCUGUCUGAUGAUAUUGGAGAAUUGAAUUCAAACAACAAGAAAUUGUUACUUAAAAUGAGGUUUCCUUUCGAUGUAAUGAUUUUUCCACUUUAUGAAUUUAUUACAAUUGCCCAAUUUGCAUUUGAAUAUUCUGUAGCCUUUAUGGCUGGGAUGUUGAUGGCAUUAUCUGCGGCAUUAGUACUACAUAUAGGUAGUCAAAUUGAUAUCGUAUGUCAAGAACUCAUCGACGUUUCAAAUCAUUGUGAAGAUGAAGUAUCAUAUUUAUUGAAACGUGUUAUAAUUAAACAUCAAAGAAUUCUUUAUGUAUCUCAAAAUGUUAAAUAUUUAUUUCUGUAUACAUCAUUGGUCCAAUUUAUUUCAAAUAUUUUAGUGAUGUGUUUUUUAGGAUUUAUUCUCGUAAAUUCUUUGGAUACUGAACAAGGGCCUACUAUAGUAGCAAAAUGUUUUCCUUAUUAUGUUGCUGUGAUUUGCGAAGCGUUCGUUCUUUGUUAUACCGGGGAAUAUCUUACAUCUAAGAGUGAAAAUAUUAAUCGAGCUGCAUAUGCCAUGUUUUGGUACAAUUUAAAUCAACAGAACAGUCGAACUGUAUUAUUAAUUUUGAUGGGGACUCAAAGCCCAUUCACACUUACUGCUGGAAAAUUUGUGACACUCUGCGUGGAAACGUUUGCUAACAUGUUAAAAGUGUCGGCUUCGUACAUUUCGAUAUUACUUGCGAUGUACUAAAGAAUGAUAAUUAAAGUGCAUUAAUGGAUUAUAAUUUUUAUGAUUGUAUAGA